CGCAAUGACUGACGCAAUGACUGUCAAUCUCUGACGCAAUUAAUGUCAAUUUCUGACGCAAUGAUUGUCAAUAUCUGACGCAAAGAUUGGCAAUCACUGACGCAAUGACUGUCAAUCUCUCGUACAAUGAUUGUCAAUCUCUGACGCAAUGACUGUCAAUCUCUGACGCAAUAGUUGUAAAUCUCUCACGUAAUGACUGUCAAUUUCUGACUCAAUGACAGUCAACCUCUGACGCAAUGAUUGUCAAUCUCUGACGAAAUGAUUGUCAAUCAUCUCUGACGCAGUGACUGUCAACCUCUGACGCAGUGACUGUCAAUCUCUGACGCAGUGACUGUCAAUCUCUGACGCAAUUAUUGUCAAUCUCUGACGCAUUGAUUGUCAAUAUCUGACGCAAAGACUGUCAAUCCCUCACGCAAUGAUUGUCAAUCUCUGACACAAUAACUGUCAAUCUCUGACGCAAUGAUUGUCAAUCUCUGACGCAAUGAUUGUCAAUCCCUCACGCAAUGAUUGCCAAUCUCUGACACAAUGACUCUCAAUCUCCGACGCAAUGACUAUCAAUCUCUGACGCAUUGAUUGGCAUUCUCUGACUUAAUGAUUGUCAAUCUCUGACGCAAUAAUCUCCCAUGACGGAAGAGGAUGAUAUCUGCCAAGUUGUACAAAUAUAGCUUGAUUUGAGAAAAUAAGUUUUUAACAUGUAUUUACGCAAAGUUUCAUUUCGUUUUAUUAAUUAACGACGCUGGCAAAGUUAAAAAAUAGACUUUUUUAAAUGAAUGAAAUACAUUUUGAAUGAAGUCACAUGAUAUUGAUCGACACCUGAUUGGCGUGGUUGCAGUUGUGGCAGUGAUUAUUGCACAGCAAAAAGAAAAACCGGUAGGUGGGUAAGGUUGAACGCUUGUUAUGGAGAUGAACAUCGAAACUACACCGAGAGAUAGCGACUCAAAAUUGCACACAGACAACGCCAUUUCUGGUAUUGCGAAGAUGCCAAAGAUACCUGACGGAGGCUGGGGAUGGGUCGUCUGCGUGGCCUGCUUUCUCGUGCAUAUGCUGAUAGACGGUCUAUUUUACUCUUUUGGUGUUAUAUAUGUAGAACUGCUUGAGUAUUAUGGUUCAACCAGAGGCAGCACAGCGUUGAUUGGAUCAUUGUGCCAAGGUGUCCUGUGUUUAAUUGGGCCUGUAGUUUCUAUGUUGGUCAGAAAGUUUGGCUGCAGAACCGUCGCCAUUUCUGGUGCUCUGGUUGCGUCUGCCAGUCAGGUUGUCAGCAUAUUUGCUCCAAAUAUGCAGUUUCUCUACUUCUCGCUUGGUAUCAUGACAGGUUUUGGAUAUGGGCUUAUUCGUCUUCCAUCGAUCGUAUGUGUUGCAUCCUACUUUGACAAACGUCGAGCCCUUGCCACAGGGAUUGGGGUCAGUGGAACUGGAAUAGGAACUUUUAUUUUCAGCCCAAUAACUAGUUUACUUGUUCAAAAGUACGCUUGGCAAGGGGCAAUUUUAGUACAUGCUGGACUGCUCCUUAAUUGCAUCGCCUGUGGUCUUGUGUUUUUAUCUCUCAGUCCACUUGGACAUGGCCACGAACAAAAAAACAAUUUCUUUGAAUUCGAAACUGUCACUGCAGUAACAGUGCGUAGCAGUCGUGAACAUUUAGAAAAGGGGAAACUUAGCUUUACAGGGUUUGCUGAACUGACCGAAGAGCCGACAAAAGAAACAAUUUGCGAUAACCUUUUUAAGACAUCUACCGACUUUAGAAUUGCCUGCCCUGAAAUGCGAUCUCUUUUAGAACAAAAUAUCACUCAUGCCAUUUCCACAAAUGAUAAUAUUAAUACGAGAACGCAAACCAGUUCCGAACUCAUGCACAAUUUGAAGGGGAAAUAUACGUUUACGUGUUCAAACUGUGUCUCAGGAUGUAUUGCCAGUUCCAGGGAACAUUUUGACUGUGCAGUAUUUAAGGUUAUGCCUUUUAACCUCUUCAUGGUAUCAUCAUUCCUUUACAGUCUCGGAUAUUAUGUUCCCUACAUAUACCUUCCAGACACUGCAAUUGAAUUUGGAAUUGAGAAACUGGACGCCGUCUGGCUUCUGUCGGUGAUUGGUAUAACCAACACAAUUGCACGUGUUCUGUUCGGCUUCCUUUCUGACCGGAAGUGGAUCAAUCGGCUCUUCUUAUACAGCGCAGCCCUAGUCAUCUGCGGCUGUUCUACUGUUGUAGCACCUUUUAUGAGCUCAUUCGGGUCUCUGGUCGUGUACUCUAUAUUAUUUGGAACGUUUAGUGGCGUAACUGUCUCGCUUACCUCUGUAUUGCUGGCAGACAUUGUCGGCAUAGAGAAACUGUCCGAUGCGUUUGGAAUGACCAGCUUCUCCUCAGGAAUAUCUGCUUUCUGUACGACAUCUCAGGAAGUUACUUGGUUCCUUACGUGGCAGCAGGCUUGACUACAGCAGCGAGUGGCGCCAUUCUUUUCCUUAUCCCAUUGCUUGAUAGAAAAUCUAAGUAGCAGUUAACAAAACAGUUCCGUUAUUUAUCACAUGCUAAACCUUGUUUCCGGUUUAAUACAACCAUCACGUAUUUGUUUGUAAAACUCAUGUGUUAUAUAACAAUAUCAUUCGACACGUUACUGACAGUUGAAUUGGAAACGAUAACUUCUAAAUUUGUAUUUUGUUCAUUAAGCCAUUAUUUAUCCUUUUGUUUAUUUAUGAUAAAGAUUUAUUUUAUUAAAAAAUAAGUUUUUUCAUUCAAUUUAUGUGAGAAUAACCUGAUAUUUUUCUUAAUUGUAUGACAAACAUUCUUAAAAGCUUCGUCGAUGUUGUAUGUUAAAGAAAAUGACGUCAUGAACAUGUUACAAAAAUGUGACGUCGUCUAACCGUGUGUGACGUUUUCAUUUAAAAGAAAGAAAAUUUUGUUAAACGUAUAGUGUUUAGGUUGUGAUUCUAUAUGGGUACUAGCGAAUUUUAUUAAACGUAUAGUCUUUA